AUGAUGUGUGAAGUGAUGCCCACGAUUAAUGAGGACACCCCAAUGAGCCAAAGGGGGUCCCAAAGCAGUGGCUCGGACUCAGACUCCCAUUUUGAGCAGCUGAUGGUGAAUAUGCUAGAUGAAAGGGACCGUCUUCUAGACACCCUUCGGGAGACCCAAGAAAGCCUUUCACUUGCCCAGCAAAGACUGCAGGAUGUCAUCUAUGACCGAGAUUCGCUCCAGCGACAGCUCAAUUCAGCCCUGCCACAGGAUAUCGAAUCCCUAACAGGAGGGCUGACUGGUUCUAAAGGGGCUGAUCCGCCGGAAUUUGCUGCACUGACAAAAGAAUUAAAUGCCUGUAGGGAGCAACUCCUAGAAAAGGAAGAAGAAAUUUCUGAACUUAAAGCUGAAAGAAACAACACAAGACUGUUACUGGAGCACUUGGAGUGCCUCGUGUCCCGACAUGAAAGGUCACUAAGAAUGACAGUGGUGAAACGGCAAGCCCAGUCCCCCUCAGGAGUCUCCAGUGAGGUUGAGGUUCUCAAGGCACUGAAAUCUUUGUUUGAGCACCACAAGGCCUUGGAUGAAAAGGUAAGGGAGCGACUGAGGGUUUCUUUAGAAAGAGUCUCUGCACUGGAAGAAGAACUAGCUGCUGCUAAUCAGGAGAUUGUUGCCUUGCGUGAACAAAAUGUUCAUAUACAAAGAAAAAUGGCAUCAAGUGAGGGGUCCACAGAAUCAGAACAUCUUGAAGGGAUGGAACCUGGUCAGAAAGUCCAUGAAAAGCGUUUGUCCAAUGGUUCUAUAGACUCAACUGAUGAAACUAGUCACAUAGUCGAACUACAAGAAUUGCUUGAAAAGCAAAACUAUGAAAUGGCUCAAAUGAAAGAACGUUUAGCAGCCCUUUCUUCCCGAGUGGGGGAGGUGGAACAGGAAGCAGAGACAGCAAGAAAGGAUCUCGUUAAAACUGAAGAAAUGAACACUAAGUAUCAAAGGGACAUUAGGGAGGCCAUGGCACAGAAGGAAGAUAUGGAAGAAAGAAUCACAACCCUUGAGAAGCGUUACCUCAGUGCUCAGAGAGAAUCUACCUCCAUACAUGACAUGAAUGAUAAACUAGAAAAUGAGUUAGCAAAUAAAGAGGCCAUCCUACGGCAGAUGGAAGAGAAGAACAGACAGUUACAAGAGCGUCUUGAGCUGGCUGAGCAAAAGUUGCAGCAGACUAUGAGAAAAGCCGAGACCUUACCUGAAGUAGAGGCUGAACUGGCUCAGAGAAUUGCAGCCUUGACAAAGGCCGAAGAGAGACAUGGAAACAUUGAAGAACGUAUGAGACAUCUAGAAGGUCAACUUGAAGAGAAAAAUCAAGAACUUCAAAGAGCUAGGCAAAGAGAGAAAAUGAAUGAGGAGCACAACAAAAGAUUAUCUGAUACUGUGGACAGACUUCUGACUGAAUCCAAUGAGCGCUUACAGCUACAUUUAAAGGAGAGAAUGGCUGCUCUAGAAGAGAAGAAUGUUUUAAUUCAAGAAUCAGAAACUUUCAGAAAGAAUCUGGAAGAAUCUUUACAUGAUAAGGAAAGAUUAGCAGAAGAAAUUGAAAAGCUGAGAUCUGAACUUGACCAAUUGAAAAUGAGAACUGGCUCUUUAAUUGAACCCACAAUAUCAAGAACUCAUCUAGACACCUCAGCUGAGUUGCGGUAUUCUGUUGGAUCCCUAGUGGACAGCCAGUCUGAUUAUAGAACAACUAAAGUAAUAAGAAGACCCAGGAGGGGCCGCAUGGGUGUGCGAAGAGAUGAGCCAAAGGUGAAGUCUCUUGGCGAUCAUGAGUGGAAUAGAACUCAGCAAAUUGGAGUGCUAAGCAGCCACCCUUUUGAAAGUGACACAGAAAUGUCUGAUAUUGAUGAUGAUGACAGAGAAACUAUUUUUAGCUCAAUGGAUCUUCUCUCUCCAAGCGGUCAUUCUGAUGCCCAGACUCUAGCCAUGAUGCUUCAGGAACAAUUGGAUGCCAUCAACAAAGAAAUCAGGCUAAUUCAGGAAGAAAAAGAAUCCACGGAGUUACGUGCUGAAGAAAUUGAGAACAGAGUGGCUAGUGUGAGCCUGGAAGGCCUGAAUUUAGCAAGAGUCCACCCAGGUACCUCCAUCACUGCCUCCGUUACAGCUUCUUCACUGGCCAGUUCAUCUCCCCCGAGUGGACACUCAACGCCAAAGCUCACCCCUCGGAGUCCUGCCAGGGAAAUGGAUCGGAUGGGAGUCAUGACACUGCCAAGUGAUCUAAGGAAACAUCGGAGAAAGAUUGCAGUGGUGGAAGAAGAUGGUCGGGAGGACAAAGCAACAAUUAAAUGUGAAACUUCUCCUCCCCCUACCCCUAGAGCCAUCAGGAUGACUCACACCCUUCCCUCCUCCUACCACAAUGAUGCCCGAAGUAGUUUGUCUGCCUCCCUUGAGCCAGAAAGCCUUGGGCUCAGCAGUGCCAAUAGCAGCCAAGACUCUCUUCACAAAGCCCCCAAGAAGAAGGGAAUCAAGUCUUCAAUAGGACGUCUGUUUGGUAAAAAAGAAAAAGCCCGACUUGGGCAGCUCCGAGGCUUUAUGGAGACUGAGGCUGCCGCUCAGGAGUCCCUGGGGCUAGGCAAACUUGGAACUCAAGCUGAGAAGGAUAGAAGACUGAAGAAAAAGCAUGAACUUCUAGAAGAAGCUCGGAGGAAGGGAUUACCUUUUGCUCAGUGGGAUGGGCCCACUGUGGUUGCAUGGCUGGAGCUCUGGUUGGGAAUGCCUGCUUGGUACGUAGCAGCCUGCCGAGCCAACGUGAAAAGUGGAGCCAUCAUGUCUGCUUUAUCAGACACUGAGAUCCAGAGAGAAAUCGGGAUCAGCAAUCCCCUGCAUCGCUUAAAGCUGCGACUAGCAAUCCAGGAGAUGGUUUCCCUAACAAGUCCUUCAGCUCCUCCGACAUCCCGAACUCCUUCAGGCAACGUUUGGGUGACCCAUGAAGAAAUGGAAAAUCUGGCUGCUCCAGCAAAAACGAAAGAAUCUGAGGAAGGAAGCUGGGCCCAGUGUCCGGUUUUUCUACAGACUCUGGCUUAUGGGGAUAUGAACCACGAGUGGAUUGGAAAUGAAUGGCUUCCCAGCCUGGGGUUACCUCAAUACAGAAGUUAUUUUAUGGAAUGCUUGGUAGAUGCAAGAAUGUUAGAUCACCUAACAAAAAAAGAUCUCCGUGUCCACUUAAAAAUGGUGGAUAGUUUCCAUCGAACAAGUUUACAAUAUGGAAUUAUGUGCUUAAAGAGGUUGAAUUAUGACAGAAAAGAACUAGAAAGAAGACGGGAAGCAAGCCAACAUGAAAUAAAAGAUGUGUUGGUGUGGAGCAAUGAUCGAGUUAUUCGCUGGAUACAAGCUAUUGGACUUCGAGAAUAUGCAAAUAAUAUUCUUGAAAGUGGUGUGCAUGGCUCACUUAUAGCCCUGGAUGAGAACUUUGACUACAGCAGCUUAGCUUUAUUACUACAGAUUCCAACACAGAACACCCAGGCAAGGCAGAUUCUUGAAAGGGAAUACAAUAACCUCCUGGCUCUGGGAACUGAACGGCGACUGGACGAAAGUGAUGACAAGAAUUUCAGGCGUGGGUCAACAUGGAGAAGACAGUUUCCCCCCCGUGAGGUACAUGGAAUCAGCAUGAUGCCUGGGUCCUCAGAAACAUUACCGGCUGGAUUCAGGUUAACCACAACAUCUGGGCAAUCGAGGAAAAUGACAACGGAUGUUGCUUCAUCAAGACUGCAGAGGUUAGAGAACUCCACUGUUCGCACAUACUCAUGUUGA